AGGGGGAACGGAAGGGGAAAGAGGACAGGGGAGGGGCUCCAGACGAGGAAGAGCCCGGGACGGUCCCCUCCCUAGUCAGCCCUUGCUGUCUCUGCAGAGAGGGAUUCUGCUCUCGCCACGUAUUCGGGGCAGGGGCCCUUUUAAAUCCUUUGCAAAGAUGUGGAGAGGAUCCAUGAAGGUGGAAGCAAAGUUCUUUGAGGCAGCAGGAGCUUCGUCAGAGGAAGGUCAGAGGGUGAAGGCCCAGGAGCAUUCCCGAGAGACCCUGUCAAGUGGCAGUGAAGUGAUGUUGUCGAGCUAUUUUCCUUGCAGAGAAGUGGGAAUGGCUGCUCAGCCUCUGGUCCAGUCUCCAUUUUCCUUUGAGGAGGUGGCCGUGUAUUUCACCAUGGAGGAGUGGGCCCUGCUGGAUCCAGGUCAAAAAGCUCUCUACAAAGAAGUAAUGCUGGAAACCUAUGAGAGUGUGACUUUUUUGGCAGCAAAUGUAGAGGAGACAGCUGGGGAAUUCCAGGGGUUCUCCUUGGAAAAAGUAAAGAAUGAAGAUGCUGAAGAAAACCACAGAGAUGGACCCCAGAGGCAGGAGGAAAGACAUGCAGACCGGAUCAGCAAUGAUAUUAAAAUCACCUCCAACAAUGAUUUCCCCUUUUUGAAAAGAGCUUAA